CCCAGGAAUUGAUGCGCGUACACGUGGUGGGUCAUUAUGCUGCUGCACCUGUGUAGUGUGAAGAAUCUGUACCAGAACAGGUUCUUAGGCCUGGCCGCCAUGGCAUCUCCAUCCAGAAACUCCCAGAACCGACGCCGGUGCAAGGAGCCCCUCCGCCACAGCUACAACCCGGGCCAGUUCCACAGCAUGGCCAUUAGGACCGGCCCCCAUGGCGCUGUCACCAUCCCCCGCUCCACCAGCGACACCGACCUGGUCACUUCAGACAGCCGCUCCACACUCAUGGUCAGCAGCUCCUACUACAACAUAGGGCACUCGCAGGACCUGGUGAUCCACUGGGACAUAAAGGAGGAAGUGGACGCUGGGGACUGGAUUGGCAUGUACCUCAUCGAUGAGGUCUUGUCGGAAAACUUUCUGGAUUAUAAGAACCGUGGAGUCACUGGUUCUCAUCGGGGCCAGAUCAUCUGGAAGAUUGACGCCAGCUCUUACUUUGUGGAGCCUGAAACUAAGAUCUGCUUCAAAUACUACCAUGGAGUGAGUGGAGCCUUGCGAGCCACCACCCCCAGUGUCACCGUCAAAAACUCAGCAGCUCCUAUUUUUAAAAGUAUUGGCUCUGAUGAGACUGUGCAAGGGCAAGGGAGUCGGAGGCUGAUCAGCUUUUCUCUCUCAGAUUUCCAGGCCAUGGGGUUGAAGAAAGGGAUGUUUUUCAACCCAGACCCUUACCUGAAGAUUUCCAUUCAGCCUGGGAAGCACAGCAUCUUCCCUGCCCUCCCACACCACGGACAGGAGAGGCGAUCCAAGAUUAUCGGCAACACCGUGAACCCCAUCUGGCAGGCCGAGCAAUUCAGCUUUGUGUCCUUGCCCACUGAUGUGCUGGAAAUUGAGGUGAAGGACAAGUUUGCCAAGAGCCGCCCCAUCAUCAAGCGCUUCUUGGGAAAGCUGUCGAUGCCCGUUCAGAGACUCCUGGAAAGACAUGCCAUAGGGGACAGGGUGGUCAGCUACACACUUGGCCGCAGGCUUCCAACAGAUCAUGUGAGUGGACAGCUGCAAUUCCGAUUUGAGAUCACUUCCUCCAUCCACCCAGAUGAUGAGGAGAUUUCCCUGAGUACCGAACCUGAGUCUGCAGAAAUUCAGGACAGCCCCAUGAAUAACCUGGUGGCAAGCAGCCGUGGGGAGCCCCCUUGCACUAAUGCACCAGAGCCCCCGGGGACCUCAGGGCCAGAGCAGCUGAGCCAGGGCAGUGCGGUGGGCCCCUCAGGGAACGAGAGCCUGGAGCUUGCCAAUCCGGUUGAGGCCGCCGCAGGUACCACGGAGGCAGGAGAUGAUGGCACGGUCUGUGUGAGGCCUGAGGCGGCUGGGGAGCUUCUGGCCCCCUGGCCAGAGGACACGGAGCCCGCCCUGAGCGCGGAAGAACUGGCCGAGCGGCUGGACCUGGGCGGGGAGGCGGCCCUACCCGGGCUGCUGGAGGACGGUCGAGCCCCGGGCAGCCCCGGGGAGCCAGUGGCCCAGGAGGCGGCGACAGAGAGCCGGGCUGGCGGGCAGGAGAAGGACAGGCUGCAGCUGCGGGCUUCGGUGAAGAGGAAAAGCAGGCCGUGCUCCCUGCCUGUGUCCGAGCUGGAGACGGUGAUCGCGUCCGCCUGCGGGGAGCCCGAGACGCCUCGGACCCACUACAUCCGCCUCCACACGCUGCUGCACAGCCUGCCCUCCGCGCAGGGCGGCAGCGCAGACGACGAUGGCGCGGAGGAGGAGGCCACCCUCAAGGAUGCCUCGGAGAAGGAGGCGCUCAGCGAGGUGGACACGGUCGCCGCCGAGCCGCCUCCCCCGGAAGAGGAUGGAGAGGCCCCCGAGGGGGCCACUCCAGGCACAGCGCCCCCGGGCCACUCGGGCUUGGCCAACGGCUCUGUCCCAGGUGGCGACACGCUCCCCAGCACGGGGAGCGAGAGCGACUCCAGCCCGCGGCAGGGCGGGGACCACAGCUGCGAGGGCUGCGACGCAUCCUGCUGCAGCCCCUCGUGCUACAGCACGUCGUGCUACAGCAGCUCGUGCUACAGCAGCUCCUGCUACAGCGCCUCCUGCUACAGCCCCUCCUGCUACAACGGCAGCAGGUUCGCCAGCCACACCCGCUUCUCCUCCGUGGACAGCGCCAAGAUCUCCGAGAGCACCGUCUUCUCCUCCCAGGAUGACGACGAGGAGGAGGAGAACAGCGCCUUCGAGUCGGUGCCCGACUCGGUGCAGAGCCCGGAGCUGGAGCCGGAGUCGGCGAAAGGCGCGGGGUGGCAAGACGAGUCGGCUGCCGCCACCGGGAGCGUGGCCAGAACCGUGGAAGGUCUGGAGUCCCCCGUGGCAGGGCCGAGCAGUCGGAGAGAAGGUGAAUGUCCUAUACUCCAUAAUUCCCAGCCAGUAAGCCAGCUUCCUUCCUUGAGGCCUGAACAUCAUCACUACCCAACAAUCGAUGAGCCUCUUCCACCAAACUGGGAAGCUCGCAUUGACAGCCACGGGCGGGUCUUUUAUGUGGACCACGUGAACCGCACGACCACCUGGCAGCGUCCCACAUCCGCAGCCACCCCCGACGGGAUGCGGAGAUCCGGGUCCAUCCAGCAGAUGGAGCAGCUCAACAGGCGGUACCAAAAUAUUCAGCGAACCAUUGCUACAGAGAGGCCUGAAGAAGAUUCUGGCAGCCAAAGUUGUGAGCAGGUCCCAGCAGGAGGCAACGGAGGAGGUGGCGGGAGUGAUUCAGAGGCUGAAACUUCUCAGUCGAGCAUAGAUCUGAGGAGAGAUGGGUCACUUUCUCCAGUGAACUCACAAAAAAUCACCUUGCUGCUACAGUCCCCGGCUGUCAAGUUCAUCACCAACCCCGAGUUCUUCACUGUACUGCACGCCAAUUACAGUGCCUACCGAGUCUUCACCAGUAGCACCUGCUUGAAGCACAUGAUCCUCAAGGUCCGGCGGGACGCGCGCAACUUUGAACGCUACCAGCACAACCGGGACUUGGUGAAUUUCAUCAACAUGUUUGCGGACACUCGGCUGGAAUUGCCCCGGGGCUGGGAGGUCAAAACAGACCAGCAGGGAAAGUCUUUCUUCGUGGACCACAACAGUCGAGCUACCACUUUCAUUGACCCCCGAAUCCCUCUUCAGAAUGGGCGUCUUCCCAACCAUCUGACACAUCGACAGCACCUCCAGAGACUCCGAAGUUACAGCGCUGGAGAGGCCUCAGAAGUCUCUAGAAACAGAGGAGCCUCUCUACUGGCCAGGCCAGGACACAGCCUAGUAGCUGCUAUUCGAAGCCAACAUCAACAUGAGUCACUGCCACUGGCAUAUAAUGACAAGAUUGUGGCAUUUCUUCGCCAGCCAAACAUUUUUGAAAUGCUGCAAGAGCGUCAGCCAAGUUUGGCGAGAAACCACACACUCAGGGAGAAAAUCCAUUACAUUCGGACCGAGGGUAAUCAUGGGCUUGAAAAGUUGUCCUGUGAUGCAGAUCUGGUCAUUUUGCUGAGUCUCUUUGAAGAAGAGAUUAUGUCCUAUGUCCCCCUGCAGGCUGCCUUCCACCCUGGGUACAGCUUCUCUCCCCGCUGUUCACCCUGCUCGUCACCUCAGAACUCCCCAGGUUUACAGAGAGCCAGUGCAAGAGCCCCUUCACCCUACAGGAGAGACUUUGAGGCCAAGCUCCGCAAUUUCUACCGAAAACUGGAAGCCAAAGGAUUUGGUCAGGGUCCAGGGAAAAUUAAGCUCAUCAUUCGGCGAGACCACCUGUUGGAGGGAACCUUCAAUCAGGUUAUGGCCUAUUCCCGGAAGGAGCUCCAGCGAAACAAGCUCUACAUCACCUUUGUUGGAGAGGAGGGCCUGGACUACAGUGGUCCUUCGCGAGAGUUCUUCUUCCUUUUGUCUCAGGAGCUCUUCAACCCUUACUAUGGACUCUUCGAGUACUCCGCCAAUGACACCUACACCGUGCAGAUCAGCCCCAUGUCUGCGUUUGUAGAAAACCAUCUUGAAUGGUUCAGGUUUAGUGGUCGAAUCCUAGGCCUGGCUCUGAUCCAUCAGUACCUUCUGGACGCUUUCUUCACAAGGCCCUUCUAUAAGGCACUCCUGAGACUGCCCUGUGAUUUGAGUGACCUGGAAUAUCUGGAUGAGGAAUUCCACCAGAGCUUGCAAUGGAUGAAAGACAACAACAUCACAGACAUCCUCGACCUCACAUUCACGGUUAAUGAAGAAGUUUUUGGCCAGGUAACGGAGAGGGAGUUAAAGUCUGGAGGAGCGAACACCCAAGUGACAGAAAAGAACAAGAAAGAGUACAUCGAGAGGAUGGUGAGGUGGCGGGUGGAGCGCGGAGCGGUGCAGCAGACCGAGGCCCUGGUCCGGGGCUUCUACGAGGUGGUGGACUCGAGGCUGGUCUCCGUGUUCGAUGCCAGGGAGCUGGAGCUGGUGAUCGCGGGCACGGCGGAGAUCGACCUGGUCGACUGGCGGAACAACGCUGAGUACCGGGGAGGUUAUCACGAUGGGCAUCUCGUGAUCCGCUGGUUCUGGGCUGCGGUGGAGCGUUUCAACAACGAGCAGAGACUCAGAUUACUGCAGUUCGUCACGGGAACGUCAAGCGUGCCCUACGAAGGCUUUGCAGCCCUUCGAGGGAGCAACGGGCUUCGGCGCUUUUGCAUAGAGAAAUGGGGGAAAAUUACAUCUCUCCCCAGGGCACACACGUGCUUCAAUCGAUUGGAUCUUCCACCUUAUCCCUCGUACUCCAUGUUGUAUGAAAAGCUGUUAACGGCGGUAGAAGAAACCAGCACCUUUGGACUUGAAUGAGGAACUCAAAACUUUUCCUGGCCAGUGACAUCAUCCUUUCCCUUUCCCUGAAUCAACUCUCCUUUGAUUUUGGUAUUCCAUGAUUUUCGUUUUCAAACCAAAUCAGGAUUGACGAGCUGUGCAUGAAGCAUUGCCUUCUUCUCAGAUCUUACCUUCAGGCUUAUCUCCUCUACUUUCAAUGAACUGCUAGCCUGUAUGCAAUAUUUAAAAACAAACAAACAAACAAACAGCUGUCUCAAGGUCUGUGUAUAUCUCCACAUACCUCCAUUACUGACAAUGAAAUAUGAAUGCAAGUUAUGCUACACUUGACCAAAUGGUAAUAAAUGUUUACUUCCAUUUCUAUGAUUUAAGGGGAAGUUUGAGCAUUAAGCAUUCCGAGCUUUUCUACACCCAUCUCUUCUGAGCAGAGCCACCAUUUUUAAUAAUUUCUAACAACAAACCCCAGAAUAGGAGCUGAUCAACUCUUUCUUUUCCUCCCACUCUGCUUUUUCCCUGGGCAUCCAAUCCAUCCAAAAACAGCAGUGGCAGCACCACAAUUUUGAUACAUUCAACUCAUGAUUCGUAUGUGGCAUUGGUCCCGUCACCUGGAACUAGCCUAGACAUAUGGUGCAAAUGUUACACUUUCCAACCAAUAAUAACAAUAAGAAAAACACCUGCUGCUGAUGCAACACAGGGCAUCCCAAUGGUGGUGGGGAUUGUGGCUCGACUUGGGUUCAGAGAAGUCCUGGGGGGGGAGGGAGGUGCACCCCCCGUGAACACCCACCACCCAAGAAGCACAAACUUGUGCACAAGUCCAAGAAGGAGAUCUCAUUAUGUAGCAUAAACAACGAGGCUUCUACCCCCAUUGUGUUGUAUAGAACGCGUUGAAGCAAACAGGAGAAAGGGGAGAAGGGCAUCAGGGCAUAUUAGAAGGACAUAUUCAGUUGGUCUGAAUACUUGAGUCCUGUACUGUUUUCUUUUGCUUUGUUCCAUCUAGCCACAGGUCUCCUUCCCAGAGGAAGAAAAAUGUCCUGAUAGUCUCAUGACUUUUGUUCAAGCCAAGUAAUUACCUGUUUGGCAAACAAACUUUUAUUUCAACUUUGA